CGCUUUCAUUCCCACUGAGAAAAGCAACUCCCUGUGCCUCGUUUCCUCUGCUCUGCUCUCCACAUUCCCAUUUCUCGCUAUAAACCUCUGCGCCGAAAUCUCUCUCUCUCUCUCUCUCUCACUUUUUCUGUGGAUGGAAAUGGACGGCUUCGAUCGACUGCCGGACCCGGUGAUCCUCCAGAUCUUCGACCUGGUCUCGGACACCAAGACCCUCAUUCGCUGCCUCGCCGUUUCGAAACGCUUCAACUCCCUCGUCCCUCACACCGACUCCCUAGUCCUCACCGUCGACCGCGUCAUCUCCUCCGACUCCGACUCCGACUCAGACGACGACGUUUCCAACCUCCUCGCCUCCGCCUUCCGCUACAUCCUCAAGUCUCUCCACAGCCUCGUCUCCCCCAAGCCCAACAACAAAAACAACAACCCGAACCGGACCCGGAUCCCCAACUGCCCCGCCCAGAUCCUCCGCUGCUUCCACCGCGUCAAGCGCCUCACGAUCGACCUCCCCUCCGGCGACCUCCGCCUCGAGAAGGGGACCGUUCUCAAGUGGAGAGCCGAGUUCGGGAAAACCCUCCGGACCUGCGUCAUCCUGGGGUUCCGAUCCGUCGGGGAGACUCCGUCGCCGGUGACGGCCGGAGCUGAGCCCGACUUCGCCGGCGGGCUGAAGGUGCGGGUGGUGUGGACGAUCAGUGCUCUGAUCGCGGCGUCGGCGAGGCACUAUUUGCUGAAGGAGGUGGUGAGGGAGCAGAGCGGGCUCGAAUGUCUGGUUCUGAGGGACAGAGAGGCGGAGGGGACGGUGGUGAUGGAGAAGGAGGGGUUGAGGGAGUGUAGAGAAGAAGGUGAGGAGUUUGCUGAUGAGGAGGAGGAGGGGUUGGAUAGGUGCAGGACUAGAGUGCCUAGUGUGAGGAUGAGGAUGAGGCAUGUGCCGAGAUUGGAGCUCAAAGGCGGGCUUUGGGUCGAGGGUGCGACGCUCGUGGUGGUCCGGCCCAGUUUGGGAGGCGGCGGUGGCGACAUGGCGGUGGAGGAUGGGGAAUUGGCGUUGAGGGCAUUUGGGAAUGGUUUGUAUGGGGAGGUUGCGCAGAAGCUGCUCAAGGCCAGAAGCUAUUUGCUGGAAAUGAACUCAUUCUGAGCUGCAUUGCUUUGCAGGAAUCAGAAACUGUUUUGCUCAGUGUACUGUAAAGUUGUUCGAUUUCGGCUGUUUAUGUUGGGGGUUUUGGUUUAAUGGCAGUGGUAGCUGAGGUUUUAGAUGUUUUGUACAUGCUUGUUGUAUUUUGAUCAUGUUUAUGAAAAUAGACUCCUACGGUUACUUGUUACUA